AUGAGGCGCGACCCCAGUGGGGAGGAAUCGCGUGGCGACGUCUAUAUCUGCGACCUCUCGGGCGAGAUCACGGAGUACGAGCUGAGGCAGGUCUUCCAGAAUUACGGCGAGCUGACCUCCCUGGAACACGAUAAGGAGAGCGCCUCCGCAAGAGUCCGGUUUGUGGACUCCAAGGCCGCCGAGGAGGCCCAGGACGUGCUCAACUACGCACUGCUGAAGGGGAGGACCUGCCGCUGCCUCACAACCAGUGUCGCCGAGGUCAUUCGGCAUUCCAUGGAGGGCGGUCAGCGCUUGGUGGUCGAAUGCCUCGACCCGAGCAUCGAGAGCACGGGCCUGCGGGACGUGUGCGGCCUCUUCGGGUCGGUCCUGGACUGCAAGGUGGAGCUGGACGGCGACGAGCGGUCGCGCGGCUUCGGCUUCGUGCACUACGCGGACAUGGAGGGCGCCGAGAAGGCCAUGGAGUUUAUGGAGGGCAUGCAGAUCGGAUCCUCCAGGGUGGAGCUCCGGCUGUACGAACACUCGGACCUUGGCCUCUUCACGGGCUGUUCCUACGUCGUCUCCCAGGAGGCGUCCCGCGAGCAGGCGCGGCUCGCCGCGGCGGAGGAGGAGAGACAAAGGCAGGUGACGACCUUCUGGAAGUCCAUGAAAUACCACCAUGUGGAGGUCGUGGAGGCCGAGGAGGCGAAGCUCCGUAGGCUGAAGGAGCUCAUCCAGAGCUACAGCCCGGACCACGACCGGCAGAUCCUUGUGAUUGCUGGCGCGGCCGGCGUGAAGCCAGCGGUCGAGGUGGUGCGGCAGUGCUGCGAGGACACCGACCACGGCUCCCUGGAGGCGGGCGCCAGCGACCAGGACUUGAGGAUCGCUGCCGAAGGCUUCGCGACCGGCAACCUGUACGUCCUGGUCGCAGCCGCAGACGUCGCCAUGAGAGAUAAUGACCUCGGCAAGGCCGCGAUGCUCGUGAACAUGGAGCUCCCCCGCACCCUGUCGCAGUAUCUCGAGAGGUUGCACAAGAGGGCGCGCAAGGACACGCGCGUGCACAGCUUCUUCUCGUCCCAGGCGGACGCGAGACUGGCGCGGCCGCUGGCGUCGGCGCUGGAGGGCGCCGGGCACGAGGUCCCAGUGGAGAUGGUGGAGGUGCCCUCCGCGGCGGCGCGGUCCCGUGCGCUUGGUUAG